GUUCAGAAUCCACCGGCGACCACAUUUCGGAUGGUGGCUUUUUGAGAUACAGGAGUGCCGUGCGAUUCUCCCUCAGAUACUAUGGAUACAAGCAUGACCAGGGAUUGAUUCAUUGCGUACACUAUCGGCCACCAGCCACACUGCAAGUUAGAGAAUCCUUAUCCAUCAAGUAUCCAAUUGCCGUGUACCCCUAAAGCUGCAUCAAAUACAAAAUUAUCAAUUACAAUUGGGUGCCAAUAUCAACUUCUACUUGAUACAUCAAAGCUGUGUAUCAACCCAAUCCUAUAUGGUAGAAGCAUUCGAUAAAGUUUUAAGAGACAAUCUUAGAUGAUAUAAGCAACCUAGAGAAGAACAGUUUCUAUUUAUUUUACUUCACAAUUAUUGUCAGAAUGUGGUCAUCCGAGAAAGACGAGGACUGCAAUUCCGUCCAGAAGAGCUCCGAAUCCUACAUCUCCGAACCCGAAGAAUCAGUAGAAGUCAGCGACCUGAUUGGUGGCUAUGGUCCAUGGCAAAGAGAUAUCUUCGUUCUCCUGUUCCUAGCUUCCAUUCCAUCAGCAUGGCAUAACCUUCAAAUGACCUUCAUGGCUCCCAAAGGAGUGGAAUUCUGGUGUUCGAAACCAUCCCACUUAAAUAUGAGCGUAGAUUCUUGGCGUAACAUGAGCGUACCACCGCACCAUUUAGGACUGGAUAAGAGAUGUUACAUAAAACCGUUUUGGAGGUUGGAAGACAAUGCUACUGUCGAAGAAAGUGACCUUUUGAAAUGCACCAAUUGGGAGUACGAUAGCAGUUUCUAUCCGUCCACUAUAAUUGACGAGUGGGACCUCGUAUGUGACCGAGAGUGGCUGAUAUCUUUCUCAGUCUCCAUUUACAAUGUGGGUUAUUUAGUGGCUGUCUUGGUCUUCGGUCAGUUUUCAGACAGUGUUGGAAGACGACCUACUUUGUUAUUUUCCUAUGUUAUGAAUGUUGGAGCCAGCUUUUUAUCGGCUUUUGCUCAAUCCUUUGCAGUUUUUGCUAUAUUAAGAUUUUUUACCGCUGUGGGGGCAGCUGGAUUUUAUACAGUCAGUUUUGUUAUAUUGAUAGAGAUGGUGAGUCCAGUUUACCGAUCCAUGGUAGGAGUUGCCAUCAAUUUCGGAUGGUGCUUAGCUUUCAUCAGUCUUCCAGCAGUAGCGUGGAUUAUAAGAGAUUGGUUCUGGCUUCAGUUAGCUGUGACCCUUCCCAAAUUACUUUUUAUCUCCGUAUUUUGGGUGAUUCCGGAAUCUCCUCGUUGGUUGCUUAUUCGAGGAGAAAAAGAUGUCUUCAGAAGGGUGGUCGAGAAAGCUUCAAGAAAGAAUGGCAUUCCACCAGAAUACGUCGACAUCGAGAUCGAAAAGUUGAUCUUGAGAAGCGAAGACAUGCGCACCACCUCUGCCGAAUCCACGGCGACCGUCUUUGAUCUCUUCAAAACGUCCAAUCUGAGAAAGAAUACCGUGAUAUUAUUUUAUAGCUGGCUCGUGAACUCCUUUAUCUAUUUUGGAUUGUCUUACAAUACCGGAGAGCUCCACAUGGAUCCUUACCUGAGCUUCUUCCUGUCUGGGGCGGUGGAGUUUCCUGCCUAUUUGAUUACUAUUAAAGUGAUCGGAAAAGUGGGCCGAAGGCGACCGCUGGCCAUCGCAAUGGUCAUUGCCGGACUCGCCUGCUGCUUGGCUAUACCAGUGCCUUCAGAUUAUGCACCUUUGAAAGCUUUCUUUCCCCUGGUGGGCAAAUUCUGCAUUACAGCCACAUUCGCAACGCUCUACGUCUACUCAGCCGAGAUCUUUCCAACAGUCGUCAGGAAUGUUGGACUAGGUACGGGGUCGACGGUGGCACGAAUCGGAUCCAUAGUGGCGCCUUUUGUCAGAGAACUGGGUGGCAGCACUUUUGAUAGUUUCCCCGAUCUUCUGUACUCGUUCCUAUCAGUUUCCAGCGGGUUUUUGAUCUACUUCUUACCGGAAACCAACAACGAACCGUUUGCAGAUACACUUAAACAGGCAGAAAACAUUGGAAAGAGACGGAAAAGCGAUGAUAAUAUGAAAUCUGGUCAUUGUGACGAUUUUAUUGGAAACAAGAUAUAAUGGCAUUAUUUAGAGAGCAUUUGUGUAAUAUUCAUUCAUAUGUCGUCACAUUCAUUCUUAAUUUGUUUUCAUUUCGUCCUAUCUUUGAUAAUUUACGCCUCAUAAGUGCCAAGCGUUUUGUACAUACUUUUGCAAAUAACUAUUGGACGGAAGGUUAUUAAUAUGUAUAUUUCCAAGCAACUGUUCUUGCUCAUUCAGAAAGUAUACUAUUUGUGUU